AUGCGCGCCGAAACGACCACGCAGCCGCACCAGCAACAGCUUCAUCUCGUUCUUCCCGAACAGUAAGCCUUUUUUUUGGAUUUUCUGGAAUUUUUUUGAAAUUUUUUCCGAAUGGAAAAGCACUCAGAAAUACUGUGGAAAACGUUUUUUUCGUCCAAGUCCAAGGCACUUCUUUCUUCCUGAACAGUUAGCCCUUUGUUUUUGGAAUUUUCUGGAAUUUCUCUCAAGUUAGGGAGCGUUUUUUUGAAAGAACGGGUCUAGAUCAAGGACCUCGGACUUUUUGAACAGUUAGCCUUUUUUUUUUUGGAUUUUCUGGAGUUUUUUUGAAAGUUUUUUCGAAUGGAAAAGCACUCAGAAAUACUGUAGAAAGCGUUUUGAGAAAAAAAGAGCUGGAGAAAAUUUAACACACCUCUUCCCGAACAGUUAGUCUUUUUUCGUAUUUUUCCCUGAUUUUAUUUGAAAUUUCUACUCUUAAAAAAAAACUAAAAAUUGUUUGCUUUUAAACAGUUAGCCCUUUUUUCGGAUUUCUUAAAAUUUUUUUCAAGUUAGGGAGCGUUUUUUGAAAGAAAUGCGCGGUUAAAAAUGUGUAGAAAAUUUUUUCGUGAUUUUUAUCUUUUUUUUUCAAGGUGAGCAUUUUUUCAACAGGAAAAAGCAAUUAGAAUAGCUGUAGAAGGUUUAUUCUUGCCUGAUUUUCGAUUGUUUUUUCCACCUUUUUUGUUUUUUACAGUUAGAGAGAAUUUUUUGAAAAAAGGAGCACUUAAGGUUUUUUCGUCGGAACCUAUGCAUUCUUCCUGAAAAAUUAACUUUUUUUUUUCUGAUUCUCUCCUUUUUAUUUCGAAUCAGAGAGCAUUUUUCAGAAGGAAAAGGCGCUAUUUUUUUUUCAAAAGGUGUUGUUCAAAAGUUCGUCUGUAGGAAUAUAUUGAAGCUUAUAAGUUUUUCUUUGUCACUUUUGAGACCGUUUCGAAAAUUAAAAGCACCCAAAACAGCUCUAUCUCGUUUUUGCUCAAAAGUUUGUCAUUAUUGGAUUUUUACCUUUUUAUUAGAGAAAACUUUUUGAAAGGAAUAGCUAACUUAGGAACGUUUUUUUUCCUCACUCUCCCCUCCUUAAAAUUAUGGCGAAGGGGGGCGGGGACAAAAACGUUCCCUAUUAUGGAAGAUUUUCUUUUUUGGCUUAAGCCUCAGCCACCUCUUUCUCUCUGAGCCAUUUUUUGAAUUUAUUGGUGUUUCUUUAAUUCAAUUUUUUCCGGAAAGUCUUGAAAGGGGGUUUUUUCGUUUUCUCUCUUAAUUUUGAAUUUUUCUUGUAACUCCGCCUUUCAUCGACUCGAUAAAAAUGUCCUUCAUAGAAAAUAACUUCAUCAAAAAAUUUCCAAGGGUUUUUUUUGAAUACAUAUAUGCUAUUUGUUUAACCCCAAAAAAAUUAUAAAUCAAUUUAUUUCCAGUAAAUAUUGACCAAGAGAAGUUUCUUGAAUUUACUUUCCUUGUCCAGAAUACCUAUAUUGCUUGCAAAAGCAAACAUCUUCAAAAUCUAGUUUCGGUACUCGAAAACAACCGUGAAAAGAAGAAAUCGAAGCAUAAAAGUUUCAGUUUGUUUUGUUCAAAAUGACUUUAAAAUAAUAUUUGAAUUUUUGAUGAUUUAAGUAUAAGUUGAUUGAUCCAAUCCAUCGAAAUUGUUGAGUUUAUUUUUCCUUUAUUAUCCACAAAAACUUGAUAGGUGAAGGAUUUUAACGUUUUUUUCGUAAUCCCGUUCAGAGACUUUUAUUAAAAAUUUAUUUUUUUUUUUUUAUAGGACCUUAAUUUCUUACCAAGGUCAGGAAUCUCGAUUCCCAUAGGCUUCACUUUUUCAUACGGCUUUAUCUUCUUCGCUCAGUCAAGUCGUUCAAGAGCACGAACUAGAGAACGUUUUUACCCCCGUUCAAUUUUUAAUAAACUUUGCUAAAGUGUACUUUAGGACCCCCUGAUUCCAGAUCAAGAAGAAAAUUUCUCCCAAUAGAUCUCUUUCUCGAGUUAGGACUCUUCAAAAGCUUGAAAUAGCGUUUUUUGUCGUUAUUUGUGUAUUUUGAAGCUUCAUAACUCGAAAAAAAGAUCUAUUUCGAGACAUUUUUUCUUGUUCUGCAAUCAGGAAGUCUUAAAGUACACUUGAGCAUGGUUUCAGCAAAAGUUCAACCCGGGGGGAAAAACGUUCCCUAGACAAACCCACGACUCUCGACCAGACAAACGACAAGAAAUGACUUUUAAAAAAGGAAAAAUGAUAGCUUUGCGUCUUAUCUUUUGAUCUCCAAGUGGUCCUUCUCGGGUUACUGCUUUGGAAAAUGACCCCUUGGAUGCCUACUCAUUUUUACUCCUUCCCUACAAGGGCCACUUCACGUUUUUUCCAGAAAGUAGCCAAGAAUUAAUUGUUGAGUAUGUAGAAUAAUAGAUCACGUAAAAGAUAAAACUACUAUAUAAAGGGCUGUCUUCCCAGAACCUCACAGAUCAACUCGCUCUCCCUCGACCAGCCGGUCGAGGUCCCGCCCUCGCCUACGGACCCGAACCUCGAUCUGAGAUCUCAUCCUGAUCGCCAUUAAGUAUGGGUGGGAAUAAGAAUAUGGUCUGUUCAGGUUUUGAAGUUCAAGUGGUCGCUCAAGCUCCGCCCCCUAAUGGUGCGAUAAACCAAUCAUCCACAGAGCGUUUUCGAAUGAACUCAUUCUACUUGACAUUCAAAAUCUGAACGGACUAUACCGGAACAAAAUUUCUACAACAUUCUUUAUGUAAACCUCUUUGAAAGAAUGGAAAAGCUCUAACAAAAAUGAGGGUGUACCCCGAAAAAAGUGGAAGUUGAUGUUUCCGGUGCACCCCGCGUUGUACCAGGAUGGCGUCCACCCCUGGGGCAACCGGUCGGACUGGUAAAAAAUUUUUUAAGCUACAUUUCUAACAGCCUGGACUGUAGAAAAUGUUAUUGGGAAACAAAUUGUUUAGAAACCGUGUACGGAAUAAGUACCUUAAUAGGAUCUAAAGCUAAACGGGUGUACCCCUGGUUACUGCGGGGUGCGCUGAGGGUCUGACGCGGGGUGCAGCGAGGGUCCGACGCGGGGUGCGCCGAGAGUUCCACGCGGGACGUCGGUCGGGGCCGAGGAGGAGAGCGAGUUGAACAAAAGUUGUGAGGACAGACCUUCAUAUAGUAGUUAUCUUUCACGUGAUCUAUCAUACAUACCCAAAAAAAAAUUGAAAAAAGGAAAAAUUCCUUGAACAUCUUGUUCACCAAGAAGAGACGGGAAAAAUUGCUACGGAUUAAAAAUUAAUGCCGUGUUCAUCGGAGAAACGGAACACGCUUCAAAACGAAACCCUUCCCUUCUAGACACGUGGUCUGUCUCCCUGCAUGCGCCUUCAAUAAAGCUUCUUAUUAAAGGCGCAUGCAGAGAGACGGUCCGCGCGCAUCGAAGCGAAGAGUCCUGUAGCUCGGGGAUGGAUGGCGAAAAUUAAAAGGCGAAAAAAUGUUUCUUUUCCAAGAGAUCUUGAAGUACCAUAAAAGUAAUUUUCAUUAGAAGUUCGUUUUCAGGAAUGUCGACUAUCUGCCGCUUCAAGUGAUCGACGACGGCGAGGUCGUCGUCCUCGACGAACAUCACAAGUGUGACGACGUCUUCUCCGCCGUCCAGAAUCGGCAUCUCAGCUGUUUGGCCAAGUUGGUUUCUUUUGAAUUUCCUGGGGAAGUUUGGAGUGGCCACUAAAACGUUUUGACGUUUCGGUGGCCACUAUAGUGGUCAAGUUAGUGGCCACUAUAGAGGUCUAAGUGCUACUACUAGACCACUAAAAAUUUUAGUGGCCAGUUUAGGGGUCAAUGGAUCAAAAUAAUUGGUCCAAUCUGUUGUUUUUAAUUUUCAGAGUCACUGGAAGGAAUACUGGUGGGAAAAUACUGGUGGCCACUAGAACGGAAAAUAGUGGUGGGUUUAGUGGCCACUUUAGUGUCCUCUCCAAGUAGUCCUUGGCCAGCCUCUAUAGUGGCGACUAAAAAUUUAUAUGGGGAAAUAUGCAAAGUAUAUGUCCUCCGUACUCAAAAACACGACCUUGAGGACGCCAGAGUGGUCCCCAUAGGGCUUAGAGAGAAAAUUUGACUUCUAUAACACAAUAAUGGAAGCAAGAGGAGACUUGGGGGAAAAAAUAGUGCUCCCUAUAGAAAUUUGGGUGGUCCCUGUAGUGAUAAGGAUUUGACUUUCAGUACCUGGGAUUCGAGUGGUUACUUCAGGGAUAAGGAUCUGACUCCUAGUAAGUGAGACUCAAGUGGUUCCUAUAGGGUCCUUUAAUCUUGGAAAAGGAAUGAAUUUCAAACUUUUUUUCAGUUGUAUAGUUUUUUCCGCUGCUUAUCAUUUAUUUUAUUCAAAUUUCAGACGCUUUGCGAUUUUUUUGGACCUUGAAUGAGUUUUUCAAAACGAAUUUUGAAGGUUCUCGAACAACGAUUUGCUGACGAAAGACACAUUCGGCCAGACUUCUCUUCACCACGCGGCAAAAGUCGGCGAUCAAAGGACUAUCAAGUUGGUUUUCUCUUGGAUAUUCACUAGAAUUUUGUCCGAAGUGAUGUCGGUGCGGCACUUUGACGAUAUCGCGAAUCAACCGCGUCAGGCUCGCAUUUUUCUAGCUUUUCUCACGUAGAAAAUAUUUGAAACUUUCUAAAAUGCGAUAUCGCCAGGGAAAAUUCAAGCGGAACACUUUUACGAUUUCGUCAAUGUGCCGCGUCAUUUUUACGAUGACGCCAUAUUACCGCACCAUUUUUGCGAUAUCGCCAUAUUACCGCACCACUUUAGCGAGAUCGCCAGUGUACAGCAGCACUUUAGCGAUGUCGUAAAUGUACCGCACCGCUUUUGCGAUGUCGAUAAAUCACCGCAUCACUUUAGCGAUAUCGCCAAUGUGCCGCAAGAGACCUCGUGCACAUCUUAACAGUGCUUAAAAGAAAUCAAAAUUUUUUCAUUUUUUUGCCUUUCCUGCUUUAAAAUUUUGCUAAAAAUGAAAAUUAAUGAAGGUUUUGGUUGUUCUUAGAAGAUGACUGAAUAAAUACGGAUGGCUGAAAUUUUUUCAUAAAAACAGUACUUUUUCAUAGCCGGGAAUUUAGUGGUGGCAUUUGGAAUGGUUCGAAGCGUUUUUUCUCCACGAGAAGAGAGUCGUUUGUCGGUGGAUUUUAAGGUCAUAGGAACCGCUCCGCAGCCGCGACGCGUGAAGCCAUUCCAAAUGCGGCCAUUUAAGAAUUUUCGCUGUUUUCAAAGUUUCUUUAUUAUUUCCUCUUUCUUCGGACGACCACUGGUGAACUCUGAAAUUGAAACAAAUAUUGCAAAUAGGCUGAUUUUGAAAGCGGAUUUUUUGAAUUCCUCAAAAGAAUUUUAUGAUCCCGGUUUCACAUCAAGCAUAAAUGAAAAGAAGGUUUGUAUAAAAAUUUAUACCGACAAUUUAAUUUUAAAUAUCAAAGCAGAUUUCGAGGUCCUGGAACGAUUCAGAAAUAUCUACAGUAAACGAAUUUUUUUCAAACUUGAAAAUUUACUGAUAAUGAUUUGAAGGCUUAUAGAAAUCAUCUUAUAUGGGGGAAAAUUUUCCAAGCAGAUUUUGAAGAAACUUUCAUUUACCAUAUUUUCAAAAAAAAAUUCUUUUUUUCACGCCAUGUAGCCUGGACAUCAGAAACCCAGACAGAACCGUCUGUUUUUUUUUUCCAAGAAAAAAAAAGUUUGACGCAUUAUACGGUCCGAAGGAUGUUAUGCGGCUGUUUCAAGUGGCGUCCGCCCGGAUAUUUGCUCGCUUUUUCUCCUCUCGAUUUCAGCGGCCACAACGGCAGCUGAAAAAAAAAGGAGAAAGGAAACGAGCCGGACACUUUUGAGCCGCAGAAUGGGGGAUGAGUGGCCGGAUAGGUGCGCUCCAAUCAACACCUCAGAAGCUUCUUCGUCUUUUUGAAGCUUUUGGGGGGAUUGGAGGGGUCGGAAGCUGAAGAAAUGUCUGGAAAAUUGUAGUUUUUGGCCUUUUCCAUACGGAAAAGGGACUAUUUUAGGUACAGAUAUAGGUUAAUCAAAGAUAUAGGUACCGGGCAAGUGCGCUCCAAUCAACACCUCAGAAGCUUCUUCGUCUUUUUGAAGCUUUUGGGGGGAUUGGAGGGGUUGGAAGGCUGAGUAAUGUCUGGAAAAUUGUAGUUUUUGGCCUUUUCCAUACGGAAAAGGGACUAUUUUAGGUACAGAUAUAGGUUAAUCAAAGAUAUAGGUACCGGGCAAGUGCGCUCCAAUCAACACCUCAGAAGCUUCUUCGUCUUUUUGAAGCUUUUGGGGGGAUUGGAGGGGUCGGAAGCUGAAGAAAUGUCUGGAAAAUUGUAGUUUUUGGCCUUUUCCAUACGGAAAAGGGACUAUUUUAGGUACAGAUAUAGGUUAAUCAAAGAUAUAGGUACCGGGCAAGUGCGCUCCAAUCAACACCUCAGAAGCUUCUUCGUCUUUUUGAAGCUUUUGGGGGGAUUGGAGGGGUUGGAAGGCUGAGUAAUGUCUGGAGAAACGUAGUUUUGAUAGUUUUACAUAGAAAAAGGACUGUUUUAGGUAAUUUAUAUAUAGGUAUAGGUAUUUUCUAUCGAUUGGAAAUAUUUUCACGAUUUGGCUGAAAAAUGCCAGAAACACUGUAUUUUCGGUAGUUUCCAGAUAAUAAAUAUCUUUUGGAGUAUUCACUUAAGUGGAAGCUUGAGAAAUGUCUAAAAAUUGUAGUUUUUGGCAUUUUUCAUACGGAGAAGGGAAUAUUUGGGUAUAGCUUAUAGGUAAUUUAUUAAAAAAAAAUUUUUAUCCAUUGGAAAUAUUUUCACGAUUUGGCUCGAUGAGAAGUGUCUGGAAAGUUGUAGUUCUGAUAUUUUUUACAUAGAAAAAAGACUAUUUUAGGUAGAGGUAUGUACUGUAUUUUUUAACAUUUUUCAUAAGGGAAAGUACUACUUUUUCGUAUACAGAUGGGUAGGUUGAAGACAAAAGUAAUAAACGGACAACUGCGCUCCAAUGAACACCUUAGCUUCUUCUUCUUUUUUUGAAGCUUUUGGGGGAUUGGUAGCUUGAAAAAUGUCUGGAAAAACUGCGUUUUCUGGCAUUUUUUUAUAUGGCAAAAGAACUAUUCAAGAUUUUUUUAAUUUAUGAAAUUUUUUUAUCGAUUGACAAUAUUUUUCCCCAUUUAUGGCAGAAACACUGUAUUUCCGGUUUUUUUCAAAUAAUAAAGAUUUUUUUGGAGUAGUCACUUAAGAAUCCGGACAACUGCGCUCCAAUGAACACCUAUUUUUUUAAUGAAGGACUGGAAGGAGGAUAAAUUCUAAAAAGAACUGGAAUUUUGAUGCUAUUCACAAAAAAAUGACUUUUUUUAGAUACAGUUAAAUUAAUUUUUUUCUUCUUAUUUUUUUCAAAUUUGAAUGUAUUAGAAUGAUGAAAAAUUAUCAAGAAUAGUGUAUUUUUUUUAUAAAUUUUUUUGUUGAAAAAAAUGAUUUUUUUAGGUAUAGAUAUUGUACAAGAUCUAUAAAAAACGUUGUAUCAAGCCCCUAUUUGAGUAUUUUCGUCGAAAUUAGGGACGUGGGAAAAAAAUUAGACCUUCUGGAGAAAUAAGAAAUGUCAGGAAUACCGUAUUUUUUUGCGCCUUUCAUUGAAAAAAAUGAAUAUUUUAGUGAUAAGAUUUUGUGUGAAUUUCUUUUUUUCACGAAUUUGCUGCUGUAGAUGAUUCACGGCUUGCUUGAGGCAAAAAAAUGGGUCCUGACACGAUAAUAAAAAGAGAUGGGCGCAGACAGGCAAAUUAUAAGAAAAAAAUUCAUUCAAAGAAGGUUAUUUUUUUCUGUUUCUCUUUAUUCUUUUAAUAUCUCAAGUUUUGGGCGGAAAUUGAUAUAAUGCAGUAAGAAUCGUUCAUAAAAGCUCUAGAAAUUUCCUUUUCUCGGAAAAUUCUUAGUAGCCACUAUAGGGUUUUGACGUUUUAGGGGCUACUAUAGUAGUCAAAUUAGUGGCCACGUAAGGGAUUAAAAACUAGUGGCCACUAUAGAGGUCUAAGUGCUACUACUAGACCACAAAAAUUUUAGUGGCCACUUUAGGGGUCAAUGGAUCAACAUAACAGGUCCAAUCUAUUUGUUCUCAAAUUAUCAGAGUUGCUGGAAGUGAUCCUGGAUGAAAAACUACUGAAGUGGCCACUAAAACGGAAAAUAGUGGCCACUAUAGAGGUGGGUUUAGUGGCCACUUUAGUGUCCUCUCCAAGCUGUCCUUGGCGAGCAUCUAUAGAGGCCACUAAAAACUUUCCCAGUUAUGGUUUUUUUUUUCUUUUCUUUUCUGAACGACAGUUCAAACCAACUUCCGUAAUUUGUGUGCUCCUGAGCCGUUCUCCAACUUAUUUCUGUUCGAAGUUCUGUUUAACUUGUUGGUUUGACUAAUUUGCACAGUCAAGCAAAAUGAUUCAAACGGCGAACGACAGGAAAAAAAAUGAAGAAAAGAAAAAAGGGGCCGCCGACGUGUACGUGUUUGUUGUGUGCAGAAAUGCUCGCCCCCCGCCCGAACAAACAAAUUUUCUCAAAGGAUUUUGGUCUUAAUCUUUUUUUUUGUUCUCAUGUGAAAUGAGGGGUUCUUCAAAAAUUAGAACCGGUGAUAAAAAAUUGGAAAAAGUUGAAAAAACAGUCAUUUUUUUAGGGUGUUUCGUGUGAUUUUUUCGUGUAGCUUUCUUAUCAGAUCGAAAAAAAAGAUUAGAAAAUAUUUAAAAUUGGUUUCGAAGUAUAGUUUAGUUGACGGAAAUCAGAAAAAUGGCAGAAAAAAUUUUAAAAGUAGGGUGAAAAAAAAAGCAGCAGGAGGAAUGAGCUUGUGCGCUCUAUGGAUAAGGAACGAAAUUAUGACUUGAUAUCAGUUUAAUUAGUUAGGAAACGUGAAUAGGGGAUCAAAAAUUUAGAAAAAAUGAGUCUUUUAUACGCUGGGAUCUUUUGCGCUCCAUGGAGAAUAAUCAUGUUCUUCAUGAUUUUACUCGGACCUUGGUAACGCGAAAAAAUUUUGAGUAUGUCUAGGGACCACUUUAGUAGCGUCUGUCCUCUUAAGUGAACCCUAGAAUCGCUCAGAAACGUCCGGAGCGCGUCCGGUUUCCUCAGGAAAAAACCAAAAUUUAGAAAAAAUCGCUUCACCCAAGCCGGAGGUAGUUGUGCUCUAUUGAGAAUACACUUUUUUUUUGUCGAUUCUGUUUUCAACCUUCUACUUUUUCAGAUGCCUGAUCGAUCGAGUCCCAGAUCUAAAAGAUAUUCAGUCUUCGAAUGGAGAAACUCCCGCUCAUAUCAGCGCGGCUCAUGGAGGUUUUUUAAAAAUAUUUCUUGAAGUAAGCAUGAACAUUUACUUCGUAAAUGUAAAUGUAAAGCGUAAAUGCAUGAUUUAAAGCAUGAAAUAAAGUAAAUGUAAAGCGUAAAUGCGAAUAAAUCUGAAAAAAAAAUAUUACUGUUUCUUUCACUUUCACUCAGCACUUCAAGCAUACAAAAUUGAAAAAAAUGUAGAAGAAAUUCAAGUUUUCUUGCUUGAAACUCAUUCAGCUUCUGCUGUAGAAAAAAAUCUCCCGGUAAAUAAUAAUAAUUUAAAUCAUUUGAGAUAUGCGCGCCGUUGAGCUUCUCCUUGGUGGAUCGCUGAGAAACGCGAUGAAAACCGCCAUGUUGACGUGAGUUUUCAAAAAACGCGUUCGAGCCGCGACGCGUGUCCGUGUUUCAGUGACGUCAACGGAACUUCCGUCCUGAUGGCUUCGGUGGCCCGCGGCGACAAUGAACUGGCCCUGUGGCUCUUGAAAAGGUUUUUUUUAAAAUUAUGGUUCUCAAUGGUUUUUGGGUUUUUCUGAAGUUUUUUUUUUGGAAUUUUUUGGAAUUUUUACGGCCAUCCAGUCUUCAACAACACUUCAUAUUCAUACCAGCUUAAAAAUGCCAAAGUGGUCGCUUUAGGGGCAACCUUAGGGCCCCUGGAAGCUUCCCCUAUAGGAACCACUUCCCUUCUCCCUAUAGCCGAUUCACGACUAGCUUAGGGUGCAAAAGGGGCGUGGCCUGUCUGUGCUCUCCACCAACCAGGCACUGUCUCCUUUUUUGUCUUGUCAGGACCCAUUUUUCGAUGGCUCAAGCAAGUCGUGA